AUGUCCCUGAACGGCAGCUCGCCGGAGGCGUGGGGCUACACCCGCGCGCGCUUCUACGUGUCCACGGCGUCCUUCUCCGUGCUGCUCUUCUUCAACCUCCUCAUCAACUGGACCAUCGUGCGCGAACGGAGGCUGCGCGGCCAGGCGCGCUUCGUGCUGGUCUUCCACCUGCUGGCCUCCGCGCUGGUCUACCUGGGCGCGUGCAGCGUCUUCUACUGCCAGCUGCACCUGCGCGCGGAGCCGAGCCGCGGCGCGUGCCGCGCCAUGGUGGCCGUGCUCAUCAGCAGCGCCUCCAACAUCCUGCUGACCCUCACGGCCAUGGCGCUGGACCGCUACCGCGCCGUGUGCCACCCCAUGAGCUACGCGUCCGCCUGCGCGUGCGCGGAGGGCCGCUGGCCCUGGCUCCUGGGCGCGCUCACCUGGAUGCUGGCCCUGGCGAUCCCGCUGGCCCUCUUCCUCCGGCCCGGGGGGGAUCCCGGGGAGGAUCCCGGGGGGGGGAGUCGCCGCUGCGGCCGGGAGCAGCUGAGGAGGGGCGAGCUGCACAAGGUGCUGUUCAUCGGCGCGUGCACGCUGCUCAUCCUGUACAGUUACGCGCGGAUCCUGCUGGAGGGCCGGCGCCUGGGGGUGCUGAACCGGCGCAACCGGGCCGGGUGCAGGACCAUCGCGCUGCACGGGGCCCAGCUGGCCGUCUACCUGCUGCCCAACUUCUUCAACUUCGUGGUGACCCUCCUGCGCCGGAACGGGGCCAUCACCACCGAGACCAAGGAGCUGUCGGCCCUGGUGAGCUUCGCCUUCUUCAGCGUGGCGCAGUGCGUCGCGCCGAUAGUUUACGGCCUGCGCAAAGAGGAGCUCCUGGAGAAGCUGAGCCUCCGGUUCCCGUGCUGCUCCCGGUACCUGAAGGCGUUCCUGGGUUUGACGGUGCGACCCAGCUGGAAACAGACGCAGCACGUAGCGAGGGAGCGAACGCUGACCGCCCUGACCAUCGUCUCCGCAGACGUCUCUCAUGUCCCAGAGGAGCGGGGGGAGGACGGCGGUCUGCCGCCGGCCGCCGCCUCACAGGACUCCCAGUCCUGCCAGUCGGACGCCGUCUGACGGGGAAAAGCAACUCCUCCCUCAGGACGCCUUCACGGGGUGCUGGUGUUUACGCUACAGAGCCCAAAGGAGCUGAGUCGGCAUCUUCUGUCGGCCCACGUCCAGUUCUCUCUCUUUUUGGACCUACGGCCACCUACGGUCAGCUCUGUGACUGCAGGCUUCCUGGCUGAAAACACACGAAGCCUCUUCUUGAGCUUGUGGAUCUUUUGGGACCAUCUGGGGGAGGGUCUUUCAACAUGGGGGGCCCUUUGGAGGUUUUUCAUCCUGUGGAAUGUGAACAUUGCGAACUGGAAGGUCUCGGCCUUCAUCUGAAGUCGUCUCAGGGGAAACGCUUCGCCUCAGAGCUGCUGGGAAAUUAAUCUUUUAGGAAACCAGCUACACCUGGGCAGGGAAUGACGACGGCGGGCGUCUUCAGGCCGCGGCGGAUUGGACAGAUUGAGGGUUCUGUCCAACAGGAAGUUAUGUCUGAAGCAGAGAGACACAAAUUCCUCAAAUCCGGUCAUCCCAAGAUCCCAAAAAUCUUGUUCUCACGAGGUAAUGAUGUGAAUGCGUUCUGUUGUCCGGACAGUGGGAGGUCAGCCGGUGGCAGAAGCUGAAUGAUGGACGUGGGGGUGGACUCGAUGAUAACGAACCCCGAAAAGGCCGGUCGGUUGACCCCUGCAGGGCGCACCAGCUCCGAACAGUUCUCCAUUUGUGUAUUUAUACCGCGUUCAGACAAGCUCCAGUAUGUGAAAAUAAGUUACCCAAAGGCGUUACAAAGUGCUUGUUGGCCUCUGAAAUGUUAAAGUGAAUGUCUUUGUGCUUA